GAUCUUGCAAUUGGUUUGGCAUUUCGGCAACCGGCUUAGACUGCCUUCUUGUGCCACUUGAGUCACGCUUACUAAAUAAAUAGUAAAUAAAUUGAUUUUAGCUUCGGCUACUGAUCUCGUUUGACGUAUUCACUGACUUCAUUGCGGCUUGUACAUACAUAUUCGUAUGUGCCGUAACAAUAUAUAGGCGUAAUAGUGAAAAUUAAUUGAAGUUGAUUGUGCUGAUCAUUAGAAGCUUCCUUUCGUGCGACUCAGGCAUUAAGAUUUCAGUUGUGAUUUAGCCGCUGAAGUGAAUUGUCGGCUAGAUUCUCUUCAAGUCACUUUUGAGUUCUGCAAAAAUAUAUGUACUACUGAUAAUAUACUGAGUGAAAGUUAAGUUGCAUCGUGAUCUACGGGAAAUUGUGUCAUUUGUACGGUGUAUUGAUUCGUAUAAAUUUAUUUGUGAAUUUUGAAAUUUCUGUAAAAAAUGUGUGAAUUCAAAGAGAAACAAAGCAGUUCUGCUCCAGCUGAGAGUACGAAACUUACGAUUGCCACAAUCGAAGGUGGCAAUGUCAUCGCCAGUAUGCCAGAACCUGGCAAAGGCGCUGAAUAUUUUGAGAAUGCCUUGGAAGCGACGACAUUUGGAAAGUUCAAUUAUUUACUCAUAUUGAUAUCCGGUUUGAUACUGGCCAAUGUGCUGCUCGAAACGCUCGGCAUCAGCUUCGUGUUGCCCGUCUCGCAAUGCGAUCUGAACUUGACGAUCCAACAGCGUGGCAUACUGAGCGCCAUAGGAUUUGCGGGCAUUAUUAGCAGCUCACAUCUCUGGGGUUUUCUGGCGGAUACGACCGGACGUAGAAAUAUUAUACGCCCGACAUUGCUGUUGGGCUUUGUGGUGACGGUGCUUUCAAGUUUCGCCACGAAUUUCUGGUUAAUGGUCAUUUUACGCUACAUUAAUGGUUUUUGCAUUUCCGGUGGUUCUGCAACGAUUUAUGCGUUUUUGGGUGAAUUUCACACUGCCAAGAAUCGUUCACGCGCUAUAAUGGGUUCAGCGUUCAUUUUCGGCGUAGGUUCCAUGCUGAUGCCCUGCAUCGCUUGGUUGGUUAUUAAUCAGGAAUGGCGUUUUGUGAUUCCCUAUUUGGGUAUCACCUACAAGCCUUGGCGUUUCUUCAUGGUUGUUUGCGGUAUACCCGGUUUCUUAUGUGGCUUGGCCUUGUUCAAGAUACCGGAGAGUCCAAAAUUCUUGCUCAGUCAAGGCCAUGACGAUAAGACACUCGAGAUACUGCAGACAAUGUUCCACGUAAAUACCUGCAGGCCACGUGAUGAAUAUCCAGUUUCUCACGUCGUUGAAGACAUUGACAGCGCAAUGAGCCCGAAAAUCGAGCGUGAACGCAUUUCAAAUCCCGCUGUUGCUUUGCUCCGCUCUAUGUGGGACCAAACACAGCCGCUUUUUAACCGCGAGUACAUGCGCACCACGGUGCUCAUCUGUUCCAUACAAUUUUGGAUAUUCGUGACCUCGAAUGGCAUGUACAUGUGGUUUCCACACAUUCUCAACACCGUCGCAGAGUUUUUGAACGACAACCCUGGCAAUCGUACUUAUAUGUGUGAAGUGGUGUACAGCAAGCAGGAGAGCAUUUUUAAGUCAGAGAGCGCACAUGCCGCCGCCGUCAGCGAUGGCGUGACACUAACAGCUUCGCAAUGCAAUGAAAAAUUGGAGAUAUCGACAUAUCAACAUUCGCUGGUUUUAGAGGUGCUUUACGCCGUGGGGUUUGCUCUAAUUGGCAGCAUCAUCAAUAAAGUGGGCAAAUGCACCAUACUUUUUGUGAUUUUAGGUGCCUGUGGCAUUUGCGGCAUAGCUGCAGCUUACGUCGAUAUACCAAUGGUUGCCAUCUAUCUGUAUGUGGCUUUGCUGCUCUGUGGUUUGGGCAUUAAUGUCUUAAGCGCCGCCACCGUCGAUCUCUAUCCCACAAGAUUGAGAGCAAUGGCUAUCUGUAUUUCUCUCAUGAUGGGUCGCUUGGGCAGCGUCGUCGGCGCCAAUGUCUUUGGCGCGCUCUUAAGUCAUCACUGCGAAACCGCCUUCAUCGUUUCGGGUGUGUCUUUGAUAUUGAGCGGCUUCCUUGGUUUCCUCAUUACCAAACCGACCAAACGUAGCGGGAAGCAAGAGUCUUGGCGUCGCACCAGCCUAGUCUCCAUGACGGGGAACUGAAGUAAAAUAUCUUCCGCCGUUGAAAAGCUUCAUGUGUAUUGCGAGUUUAUUAAUCGAAAGAAGUGCAUGUUUUAGUGCUUAGUUUGUUAAAAAAUUGUUGCCUGAUAAGUCUGAUUGUGAACUACAGCAUACCUGAUAGUUGUGUUAGCACUGAAAGUAUUAUGUCCGAAAGAGAAUCAUAAUACUUACCCACUUAUCGUUUUACUUAGUUAGCACUCGUAGUAAGUAGUUGUAAGUGAUUGCUGUUUUAAAGCAAUAUGUUUUUGAAAUUUAGUUUGUAACAAUUAGCAUUACAUUUAAUAAAAAAGUAUGUAUAAUA